ACUAUGGUAAAUGUUCAGAAAAAAAUUCUGAAACGGAAAUUAAACAAAUUAAAAGAUUCGAAUUCAACGAAAAAGAAGAAAAAUUUGUUUUUUGAGGAGGAGAAAAAUGAAGAAAGCGAACAAACUUUUUCAAAACUUGGAAGUGGCGAUAAAAUAGAGAAAAAUGUUGAUGAAGGAGAAAAAAUUGGCGAAAAGCUGGAUGCUUCUACUUAUUUGUCAAAAACGAGGUUCGACUCCUUAAGUGGCUGUCUUUCUGCAGCAACUCUUUCUGCUGUUAAAGAAAUGGGUUUCACUUAUAUGACAGAAAUACAAGCCAAAUGUAUUUCACCGUUACUCGAAGGUCGUGAUGUUUUGGCAUCUGCGAAAACUGGUAGUGGUAAAACGCUUGGAUUUUUAAUUCCCGCAGUUGAAUUGCUCGUUCGGCUCGGCUGGAAGACUUGGAAUGGCACCGGUGCUAUUGUUAUAUCUCCGACGAGAGAACUGGCUUUACAAAUUUAUGGUGUAUUAACUGAAAUUCUCGGGAAACAUCCAGCUUUAACACACGGACUCGUAAUGGGAGGAGCUAAUAGACAAGCUGAGGUUAAAAAAUUGUGUAAUUAUAUCAAUUUCCUUGUUGCAACUCCUGGUCGUUUAUUGGAUCAUCUUCAGAAUACGGAGGGUUUUAUGGUGAAAAACCUGAAAUGUUUGAUUAUCGAUGAAGCUGAUAGGAUAUUAGAUAUUGGUUUUGAACAAGAAAUGCACCAUAUUCUUCGUUUGCUGCCGAAAAGGCGACAAACACUGCUUUUUUCGGCCACUAAUUCUGCUAAAGUCGAGGGUUUGAUUAAAAGUGCUUUGAAUUCCGACCCAAAUGCUUCUGCAACAGUUUCUGGCUUGCAGCAGGGAUAUGUUGUUUGUCCUUCUGAUAAAAGAUUUUUAUUGCUAUUUACUUUCUUGAGGAAGAAUCGAAAUAAGAAAAUAAUGGUCUUUUUUUCUUCUUGCAAUUCAGUAAAAUACCAUCACGAAUUAUUAAAUUAUAUCGAUGUUCCUGUGCAGUGUAUUCAUGGCAAACAAAAACAGCAAAAACGUACAUGCACCUUUUUUUCGUUUUGUCAAGCAAAAAUUGGCAUACUAUUAUGUACUGAUGUUGCAGCACGUGGCCUAGAUAUACCAGCAGUUGAUUGGAUUGUUCAGUAUGAUCCACCUGAUGAACCGCGCGAAUACAUCCACAGGGUAGGUCGAACUGCUCGUGGUGAAGCUGGGACUGGCCAUGCUUUAUUGAUUCUUCGACCUGAGGAACUUGGUUUCUUGCGUUAUUUAAAACAAGCGAAAGUCGCUCUUAAUGAAUUUGAGUUUUCCUGGGCUAAAAUUGCCAAUAUUCAGCUCCAGUUAGAAAAGCUAAUUGAACAGAAUUAUUUUCUUAAUAAAUCUGCAAAGGAAGCCUAUAAAUGUUAUAUUCGCGCAUACGAUUCUCACUCACUGAAAACAAUUUUCGACGUUAAUACAUUAGAUUUGAUUGCGGUUGCCAAGUCAUUUGGAUUCACAGUACCUCCAUUUGUUAGUUUGCCCUUUAGUGGCAAACCGAAGGUUACCUUCCGGUCAAAAUUGAGUGGAGCAGGAUACCGCCGUAAGAUGAAGGCUUUUUGUCAAAUUAAAAAGAGGAUAUAA